GGUGAGGAGGUGCUGACCUCCUACAGAGCAGCAGUGGCUUUACAGUCCAGACUCCAGCUGAAAACAGAACUUCAUCCUGUUUGUGUAGAAGAAUGAAAGCAGAGAAGGAGAGUCGGAGGCUCUGACCAAUGCGGCUCCUUUCUGCUUCUCCUCCUGCUGGAUUUAACUCAAACCAGAUGGUUUCUGUGCCAGACUCCACCGCCGCUCUGCUUCUUGGGAACUUCUCUCCGACGCCACCAAACUUCAUCCGCAUUUCAUCAGAUUUUAGGCUGAAGUCUGAGCGGAAACCCGCCGCUGUUCCCGCAGUUUAACGGACCUCUGCGGGAGUUUUCGGUUAGUUCUGACGGUCCCGUUCAGAUUCCAGUUUUACUGUUCAUCAGCUGACAGGACGCGGAGCGUUGCGCACUUUGGAUCGACGGGAACCGGGAGGAGACGUGGAUACAUGGAGGAGAAGGGCUGAGGUGUCACACGGUGUUUGGAGCCACAUGAUCCCACCGAGGAGGAGAGAAGAUGCAGUUCGGCUGCUUUGAAACGAACUUCUGCCCUUCGCGCGUCCAGGCUGCUCUGCUGCGGCUCUCCGGGUCCGUCCGCUGCGCACACAACGUCCCACUCAAGAAUUAACGCAUUUUUACACUAGAUUCGUUAUUGAUGAAACUUCUUUGGACUCACAACAUGAAUUUAUACUUUUUUAGACUCUUGUGGAUCCACCAGUAAAUUCGGCGUGGAUAUAAUACAUCACAAGACAAAGGACAGUAGUCUAUCUCCAAACUUCAUUGGAAAUCCGGCUAUUUUAAAUUUAGUUUGGUUCUCAGCUAAAGUUCCUCGGACUUAAAACCUGAGCUGAUUCUGUUUCAGACUCUUAUGGAUCCACUAGUAAGUUCGGCACAUAUAUAGUCCAUCAGAAGACUUUAUUUCAAUAAAACAGUCACAUUGAACAAACAGGUCCUACAGCAGAGAUGUGUUCAGGUUAAAGGGGGAAAGAAGAGAGAUCGGCUGUUUUUAGAUCAGUUUGGUUUCAACAGAAGUUCUUUGGACUUCCAUCAUGAGUUAAUCCUCCUUCAGACUGAUCCACUGCUGAAUAUUAAGAUAAUUAGUACCAGACAUCCUGUUCCACCAACCAGCAGACAUCAGUGAGGAGAUGAAGAUGAUGAAGAUGAGGAGUGAAAGUGAAACCCUCAGGAAUGUGAAGUGAAGGACUGGGUCCCAUCAUGCGGUGCCUCCUGGCUUCAGCCGGCGGACUCCUCCUGAGGGAAGCCGGGAUGCUGCUCCGCCGCCGGUCCUGCUCCGGCCCGCUGCUGCUGCUCGGGGUGGCGGUGUGUCUCUUCUACCAGACCCUGAUGUUGGCCCGGAACCGGCUCCGGUCCGGACAGCAGCAACCCGCCGCAGACAUCCGCAGAAAGCCGUCUGAUGAAGUCCUGAUGGAGGAGACCAGGAGGUUCAUCUCUGCCCUGGAAACCUCACAGAGACACACACAGAUCCAGGUCCGGUCUCAGCUGCCCCCCCGGCGUCAGCGGGCCGUGGUUCUGACGGGUCGACACCUGGUCUCAGACACUGAGGUCCAGCUGUACCAGCGAGUCCUGCAGCACAUGGACUACGAAGUCCAGCUGUCCAGAUACGCCGAGACCAGCAGCUUCCUCAGAACGAACCACGGUGUGAGUGGGUGGAGCCUGUUGCUGUGUCUCAGUAGUUCAGAGAGAAGCUGUCUGAGGAGAAUCUCCUUCUCUCACCUGCAGCAUCAUCAGACGGUGAACUUGUUGCCCGGGGUGAUGGAGGCGUUCUCUGAUGCAGGUGGAGGUCUCUGUCACUUCUACACUCGCUCACACCUGACAGGACCUGAAUUACCCAUGAGGCCAUACUCCUGCGGAUCGACCAAUCAGAAGCUGUGGGAUCUUCAGGACUCUGCGGGCUCCGACAGUCACUCACCUGUCGGAGCCCUGCCUCCUGCUCUGGUUGCCAUGGUGAAUGUUUACGUCCUGGUGACCUCAGCGAACCCGCUGACUUCGUUCCUGCAUGACAUCAGCGUGGUGACGACCAAUCAGGAGCAGAGGGGGCGGGCCACAAAGCUCAGGAACUUCCUGCUGCAGCAGCUGGGACCAGUGACGUCCCAUGAGGCUUUGGGGCAGGUGAAGAAGGUGGUAGGUGAAGUGCUGCAGGCGGCGGUGUCGACCAAUCAGAAGCAACAAACUCUCCACAGGUGUGUGUUGUGUUACCAGCUGCUGACAUUCACUCUGCUCUUCAGCGGCUCCGUCACACCUGUCAUCGUCCAGGUGGAAACAGAUCUGACCUUCUCCUCUCUGAGUGACCACACGUUUGACGGACAGAUCACCAAAGACCUGAUCCUGGAGGACACGCUGCGCUUCCUGCUGCCGACACACCUGUCCUCAGACACACACCUGUCCUCAGAGACACACACAGGUGGGAGACAGUACGGUGGCUGCAGAAGGACAAAGGGUGUCUGUUUGUCCGAAGACGAGUUCCUUCUCCUGAGUCAGUUUCAGCAACGGAUGAAGACGCCCUCAGCCUUUCAACUGCUGUAUCCCAGCAUCUCCUCCUCCUCCUCCUCCUCCUCCUCCUCCUCUGGUCCUCUCAGCGUCUCUGAUCUUCUGAUCAGGAUCAGCCGUUACUACGAGCUUCAGAGAAACCACAGCUGCAGCACUGAGGACGAACUGACCAAUCAGGAGUCAGCGCUGUCUGAUCCACAGGAAGGAGCCGAAGGUCCCUGCGUGGACCCCCACCUCAGACAGAUCUACACCGACCCCCCCCUCACGCUGACCCCGCCCUUCAGCCCCCGGGUGAAGGAGUAUCGCGCCGAGGUGACCUUUGACACGGUGACGGUUCGAAUCCGGCCCGAGCCCAUCAGCUCGGCCUGCCGGGUCCACCUGGACGAGCACCGAGGCCCCAGGAUGGCGAACUACCCGGUCGGCCUCGGCAACAGCCGGAUCAGCAUCCUGGUGACGGACGAUGCUGAGCCGGAGCCUGUCGUCAUGACGAUCUACACCGUCCACGUGUACCGCGAGAGCCGACCCAGUCUGCCCAUGUUCGGGGAUCAUGUGAUGUGCAGCUUCGUGCAGGACUGUGGUCUGCUGGUUCAGCCGGGUCGGCCCUGCGGUCUCCAGCCUUUCAUCGAGUCUCAGAGUUCACUUCAGACCUGCAGCUCGGGACACGUACCAGGUCGGUGGGUGGUUCCGUGUCUCAGCUGUUCUGACAACAGGACGUGUGAUUGGAGGGAGGUUGCCUGGCAACCAGACGGCUGUUACCACCCGAUAGUGGACCGCCCCCUGCUGCAGGACUGUAUGACGGACAGGAAGGUGCUGUUUAUCGGCGACUCGACCAAUCGCGGGAUGAUGUACUUCCUGAUGGAGCGGGUGAACUCCAGUCUGGAGGACUGGGGGAAGGCUCACGACACGCUGGUCUACAGGAACCUGAACGGAGGACGAACUCUGGUCGGCUACUCGUAUUAUCCUCAGUUCUGGCUGGAGAAGAGCCAGAGACCCACCUUCAGACAGGCCCUGCUGCAGCUGCUCCACAGGUCACGACCUCUGGUGAACUCUAACCUGACCGUGCUGGUGGUGGGAGGAGUCCAGUGGCUCAACACUGAUCACCUGAGGACGGUCAGAGAGGUGCUGGACAGGGAGUCUCUGAGCGACAUCGCGGUGGUGGUGAAGUCUUUGGGGAUGGGUUUCCACCUUCCUGUAGACGGGAUCCGCUCGCUCAGUCUGAAAGAGAUCCAGGAGCUCUACAGAGAGAACCGUAACAUCAUCACCACAGCAAAGCAUUAUGGGUACGAGGUGAUCGACACAUUCGGCAUCACAAUGGGCCGAUACAAAGAGUUCCUGCAGGGACGAUGCGCCUGCCACUUUCAUGAGGUGGAGAAGUUUUGGACCUCCAAGUUUUCAGACGACAUGACAUCCACAACCAACGGAACCGGAUCCACCAGAACCGUACCCGGACUCAGCAGCCAAUCAACCGUGCCGGACACCGACCAGGGGGCGUGGCCUAAAGCCUUGUCCUAUCACGUGAGAGGACCAGUGAACCAGGUGUACUCUGAGAUCCUGCUAAGCCGCCUGUGUCCCAAAACCAGAAACUAAAGCUGAGAGAGUUUUUAUACCUGAACAAGUAAAAAGAUUUUCCACUUUGUUGUUUUCCAGGACUCGGAGGGGUGACUGUACAUUCAAUAUCUUCAACAUAAAACAAACUCUUAAAGGGACAGAAACAAACUUCCAGAGCUGAAGGUCCAAUAAGGUGGAAACAUUAAGAGACAGAAAAUCACCAAAAGUGCCUGAAAUAGUUUCCCAGGAGUACAAAAACACUAAAUAUUUUCUCAUCAUAACCAACACAAACUGUUUUCUUUUCAGAAGCUUUUCAUUGUGAUUCUGCACCGACUGCUUUCUAAUGAGCGCCUGAUGGUUACUGAUGCAAACGAGUUCAAACGCACCGACUAUGUUUUACUCCCAGUCAGCUGGUUUCUAAUGCGCACCAGCUACCAGCUCUAGUGAGCACUAGCUGGUUAUUAAUGUGUACCAGCUUCUUUCUUAUGCGUAAUAACUAGUUUUAAUGUCGAUCAGCUAUUUAAAGUAGCUAGUUUAUAUACUUGCUAACUGAUGUGUACUAAUUAGCGUCUAGCACACAUCAGCUAGUUUUCAUGGUUCUCGUAUGUAACCAUGAGUAUCGGACUGAUGUGGUCCUGCUCUCCUCCACAUAUAUUUAUAUUUAUAUACCUCAGUCAUUGACUUUAUUGUGUAUAUCAGAUAAUAUUCGACACCAAAGACUCGAUGAUAACUGCGUUUAUCACGUGACAUAAAUGUCUUAUUUGAUUCUCUGCUUAUAUUUUCUAUAUUUUUCUACAGAUGUAUAUUGUGCCUUUUAUUUCUAAACAUGUUUACAUGCUGGAAAAUAGAAUAUAUGAAUAUUUAUAUGAAUGUUACGAUUCUCCUCCUGCCAGAAAGCAAAAAGACACAAACACAAUUUAUCAGAAACAAAUCCAACUGUGAAGACAUGAAAUCUGUUUUUAUUUUAACUCUCGACUGUACCUUUUCCUUCUGUUUAUUCCAUAAAUGUUUAAAAAAAUAUUCUCAAUUCAAAAUCUGUUUUUGUACUUAAAACUUUAAGAAAUUCGCCAUUUGUUAACAGCUGUGUAAAUUGUGUCUUUAUACGUUUUAAUAUAUCUUUUCCAUAAAGUUGUUUGUAUCAUAAAA